AAAGGUUCAACUUUAAUAAUAUUCUAAUUGUUGUGUUGUUGUUAAUAAAUUGUUAAAAUGUGAGUAAAAUAUGUACAAAACUUAAUUUGAUUGUCCAAAUUAAGGAGAUUUUUACGUCAACUUGAGAAAAGAAAAUAUUAAGGGAAAAAAAGAGAUUUCGAAAAACCAGUUGACUACCGUUUAACUGGUUUAAUCCAAUAAAGAUGCCUAUUUAUUUAAAGAGUGCCAGAUGCUUUCCGAAUGAAUGCUACACUUGCAAAUCGAGAGAAAAUUUAAUAAGAUGCAAAUGCAACAUGAUUUCCUACUGUUCAGAGGAUCAUCGACAACAACACCUAUCAAUUCACGAAGAUUUUUGCAGAGCAAUAAAAGCAUUGUUGGAAAAAAAAGGAAUCACUCACAUUUAUCAAGAGCUUAAUGAUAUAUAUGGUCCCGAGUGGAAUACAAAAAGAAAAGAAAUCCGUAAGGAAAUCAUAAUGAAACUGAGAGGUCUGGAAGGAGCUUUAAGUCCACUGGAAAAUUUUAUGUUUUAUUCUCCAAGAAUUUGUUUCGAUUGUCACGAAACAAAACAAGAGGAUUUAAUUAAUUGUCCACAUUGUCCAAUAGCGAGUUUUUGCAAAGAACACGAAAAUGAUAAAAUUCAUGAAGAAUAUUGUAAAGUAAUGAAUACAUAUUUAAAUGUAUUGACAACGGCCGAGAAAUUAAAUAUUGAUUUAGAUUUUCUAUCGUCUGCUUUUCCAUUUACUGGAGAAAAAGCUGAUGCUAUAGAUGAUCUUACAAUGACAUACAAAACAAGUAGAACGAUCAUAUUCGGACCGAUGUCAAAAUCAGAUAAAAUUUUUCUCAUUAAUUUUAUUGACUUUGCUUCAAAACUGAAUAACGCUUUACAAAAAAUACACGACACGAUUCCAGAGGAAUUGACAAUUCACAUCGAUGAGCUUACCUAUGAUUUUGCAGUAGCAAUAGUUAAUUAUUGGGAAUUUCUGUUGCAUCUUAAUCCACGGAUUAAGAAAUUAAAAAUUGUCAUGACUACAUCUCGAGAUCCAUCUCGAUUUAAAAAAUCUCUUUGUAAAAAUUGUCAUUUAGAGGGAAGAAAUUUCAUUCUUGAAGCUUCAGCAAAAUCUUACGAAGAUUACAUGCUGGAUGAAAAUUAUCAAGAACCGGACAUACUGUUUUAUGUUCAGAUCAAUAUUAAAAAGAUGUCUCAAGGGUUUAAUAAGUGGAGAGAAUUAAAUUGUCCCAUUAUUCUGCAAUUCGAUUCAAACUCCAAUUUUUGUCAAGCGCAACAUAUUCUCUCGUCUUCUAGAGCAAAGUUUCGAUUUAUUCACGAAGGACAAUUGAAAACACCUUUCGGUACAUUAUCCUCCAUUGAAAACAAAGACUAUUUUAUAAUUUUCCAAUCAAAGGAAAACAAUGUGCUUCAAAAAUCUUCUGAUUCAGUAACAGGCGGAAUCUGCGAGGGAAAAAUUGGUACGAAUACGACUGAAAUUCUUGCAGAUAGAAACAAAAAUAAAGAAUCGAAUAAGGAACGAAAAUCCGUAGAUUAUGUGAAACCUUCUGCAUCGUCAUCGAAGCGUUCAUUUGCGGCUAUUUCCGGACCCGGUGAAGAGGAGAAAGGAGAGAAGAAUAAAAAAUCAAAAACUGAAAAUUGUAAAAAUUGUAAAAAUUGUUCAAAGUCUAACGAUAAGGAAAAUUCUGAUCCAAAAGGCGAAGAAGGAAAAAUUAAAAAAAAAAACGAUAAAGUUAAUUCUUCUCAAUCGUAUCUAAUCAAACGCAUUUCGUAUCUUGAAAACGAAAUCGAAGACUUGCGACAACAAUUAAAUUUAUCAGUUAAUGAGGUAACGAAACUGCAAACAAAACUUGAUCAGCUUUCUUUUAAUUUAAACAAAAAGGAAAAGGUAAUAAAGAAAUUAUUAUGUGUUAUUGUUGACAAUGAAGACAUUAAAAUUGAAGACACAGAUUCAUCAGAAAACAACAUUUAAUCUGUAUUGAAAAAAUGCCUCCAUGUUUAUUUCUUUAAAAGGAAUCUUCUAGUUUUUAUAUUUUUUUGAAUUUAAAAUUCAAAUAUUAUUUUCUUAUUUUAUAUCCCGGUUAACAAAACUCGAUCAAGUUUCUUUCGAUUUAAACAAAAUUUAAUGUGGGAUUCUCGAUUCUUGGAGAGACUUCAGUGUGCUAAAAGAACAAAAUUUAAAAUGUAAAAAAAUUUACCUACAUUUUCAGUAUUUUUUCAUUGGAAAAAAUGUUUCAAUAAUAAAUGUAAAUAUUUGUAUUAUUAUGAUUACUAUUAAGAUUUAAAAGUAGGCUUAUAUCUGAAUUCUAUUUUUUAGUUUAGAAAAAUUCCUUUAUUUUUGAAUUUAAAAUUCAAAGAUUACAUAAAUUGUAUUAUUUUUUGUACUGCAUUUGUAACGUUAUAAAUAUAUU